AUAACUGAAAAGAAAUAACGUUAAUUAUCAUAUUSUUUUUAGAUAGUAAUAAGGAAGUCCCUAUGAGCCCUGUCAAUCUACUGUGCUAUGAUGCUGCCGUUCCAAUUCCACKCGUCCUUAUUGACAAAACGUAUACUCGAAUCCAAGAGAGAAGCUUCCUUCGUCAGUUUUAUGUAGAAACASGAGGGAAUGACUGGUAUCUGCGAUAUGGUUGGUCGUUAUCAAAUGCGUCACAGAUGACGUCACAUAUAAUCGAUCACUGUAAUUGGACGGGAGUCAUAUGCAAGGAAGGUUACGUCAUAGGUCUGACGUUGAACAUGAACAAUCUUACAGGUCGAGUGCCACAAUUUCUUUGGAAAUUUCGCAAUUUGAUGGUCCUUUGUCUUCCUAAUAACAAACUUUAUGGCGAGCCAAAGAAUUUUAUUUUUCCUAACAUGACAAAAUUGUUGAGAAUUGAUUUAGCCUUCUGCCAUUUGUCUGGCUUUUUACCUGACGACUUUUUUACAAAUCUCAAAUCACUUGUGAAGGUGCGUCUUUGCUGCCAGAAAAACUUGAAGGUUCGAUACCCAAGAGCAUCGCCGAUUUGAAGGACUUGCGUGUUCUAAGUCUAGGAGAAAACAAGUUCAGUGGAAGAAUACCUCGCGGUAUAGGGAAGUUAGAUAAAAUUUGGUUCUUGGAUCUCGAGUUCAUGCCUCGUCURUAUGGAAACAUCAAGUGGUUCGUUGGAAUGAACUCAUUACAAUAUAUGCACUUGUCUAAUGCAGGAAUACAAGGUGAGUUACCACGUGACUUUGGCUACCAUUUCCCAAACAUGACGGAGCUUCAGUUACCCCAAAAUGGCAUCAGUGGGAAUAUUCCAGCAAGCAUCAAACAAAUGAUCAACCUAACGAAAGUSAUACUAAGUGSUAAUACUUUGAGUGGAAAGAUUCCCAAAGAGCUGGGGCAUCUGCCAAAGUUAAGGAUUCUUGACUUGUCCAACAAUGAUCUUCAGGAAAUUGAUACUGAUUUAAGUUUCAAGGAAACUCUAAACUUUGAGAUUUUGCUACUUGGAAAUAAUGAACAAUUGACUGCAGAUUUUGAAACUCUMACCGRAUCUUUGUUACUGACUGGUGGUCAGGCUAGCGCGCUUCGAAUCGUAAAUAUCAGCAAUUGUAAUUUCUAUGGGCAUUUUGACAGGUCAAUAUGGGGUUUGACUAGUCUGAUUGAGUUAGACUUGAAGAAUAAUAACAUUAAUGGCACCAUACCCGAAGUGCAGCAUGACCUUAUGUUCUUAACUUAUUUAGAUCUCUCUUACAACCGCUUUGAAGGUGCUGUACCUAGUAAUUUCAAUAGGAUUUUGCAGUCACUUGUGUUUUUUGAUAUCAGGAGCAACUCCAAUAUGAGAGCUCCGAUGUCCGAAGUGAAUGUAAGCAGUGGAUACAUCCAGGAUGUCAUGCGUGUAGAACAAAAUUCGCGUCAAAAAGACGUGGAUUUUAGCUGUCCUUUUGCUACUCUGGUUUCCACUAACGGAACUGUAUUACUGGAUGCCAGUUAUUACGACUUCAAGUUUUGCGUAUGUGGUGAGGGCUUUUAUGGAAGUGCAGCAAAGUGUAAGAGYUGCAUGACUAAUGGUGAUUGUUCGGGAAAACCAUCAACAUAUAACAAGGAAAUAUUUAUGAGAAUCAAACAGAACUAUUGGCCAUCUCCAUCAUCUGUUAACACAACUCACUUGGCWAAGUGUCCAAGUCUUCCAAGUGACAAGGCUUGGGCAUGUAAUCCUACUGGACAAUGCAUGUGCCGAGUGAAUAUUUCCAGUGGAACAACAGUCUGCGACAAAUCGUGCAUCUGUCAUACAGGCAGCACAGAUCGCUUUUGUUCCAGGUGRCUGCCCAAUUAUUACAAGUCUGGAUCGCUUUGCGUGAAAUGCCCAAAAGGAAUCAACAUUAGUUUGUAUGCACUUAUUCCAGUGGUCAUUUUACUCAUUGUGGUGAUGGGAAUCGUUUUUUAUUGCUGUAAUCAAAGUAUUAAAGCAAGAUUCAUUGSUAUWGUUUUCGAGUUAGUAAUCGUUUUUACAUUAUGGAUAGCUCACGUUAUUCCAAGCUGGAUCCUAGAAAUUAAUUUGGUAACUUUGUUCUUCUACGUUGCUGGAAUAGCGCAAAACACGCGUGGAAUCAUGCCAAUAUUGGUUUUCUACAUUCAAGUUCUUGAUGCCAUGACAUCUGCCAAUAGUAGCCUUUACCCUYAUUUUGUCAUUUCUCUACAGGAUUACAUGAGCAGUAUAGUAAACCUGAAYUUCACGGGUAUUUAUUGCAAGUUUCCUUGGUUCUUUACUCCUUUGGGAAAUUACACUUUUGUMUUUGCUUUUCCCCUGGMAUGUUUGUUGUUGAUUUGGCUGUAUUAUGGUCUACGAGUUUGUCUUGGAAGAAUAUCUUUUAACCGAGAACAACCUCAAGAACGUGACAAACUUUUGAAAAUUCGRUGUUCGUGUCAAAAGGCUUGCAUUACUUGUCUUGGUCUCACAUUUUUUCCAGUAAGUAAACGAACUAUCUCCAUAUUAGCGCCRUGUCAAAACGAUGGCGAUUACUUUUAUAUGCAAGAUUCCCCAUGGAUUCAAUGCUCGGACGCUGACCCCACUUACCCAAUACUUGKAGUAUUAGCUUGGAUGGGUGUAAUUUUCUAUGUCAUUGGUAUACCAGUAGCAUUUUUGGUUCUUCUGAUUUGGUACUACAGAAAAAAAGAUGAUUUUACUCAGCUAAAUAGGUCCCUCUGUGAUUCCUGGCUUGGUGGCUUAUAUCGACCUUACAAGAAAAGCGUGAGAUGGUACUUUGAAAUACUCAAGCUUKUUAGAAAACUCUUUAUCGCAGGAUUUCUGGCUGUUUUUCCGCAAACAAGUUCACUUCAAACUUUAUCUGUUUCCACGGUACUAAUACUAGCGUUAAUUUAUCAAAUGGCAUACAAUCCAUAUAAAGUCAUUGGUAAUCAAGUUUCUUUUGAGAACAUUUUAGAAGUACUAUCUCUUGCAAUAUUGCAGCAGUCUUUCAURAUGCUUCGAUUUGCUUCUCUGGACGUUYAGGUCAGCAAUGGACUUGUAAUAGCUGUCAUUGUGAUUAACAUCGUGGCUGUGGGAUCAUUUCUUUUUGCCAUAGGUUGUAUAUUGAUCAAAUCAUACUGCGUAAAACAGAAAAAUCAGCCUGAACAGCAACCCCUUAUAUCAGGACGAAAACGGACGCAUUCUAUUUAGCCUAACCCUGACCUUUAGGCAACCGCCAAGAGCUAGAAUAAAAGCGUCUAGUACUUUUAAAGUUAACAAACUGUUGUCAACUUUGUUCCUCUAGUAAUCUCUCGGGUUGAACUAGAUUAACUAAGACUCUUAUCAUAUGAAACAACUGUUACAAGGACAAAGGAGACAAACAUACACAGGCUGGAUCCUAAUCAGAUAGUUAUCGAAUACACAACAGUUCGCAGACUCUCACAAAAACAGUCCUUAAGUCCUGCGCGGUCUACCUUUGUUUACAUCUGUUUUGACGUAGAUGGAGUAACUGAGAGCGCUUAUUAGUCGGACUAGCCGAAGGCUAGGUCGACUUUAGUUUUACC